AUGAAAGAAGAUAAUACUUUAUUUGAAUUAGCAGGAACAUGGGCUGAAGUACUUAACAUGGCACAGAACGCAAGUACUGAAGAUGACAUGCAGAUGUACAGAGAUACACUUGAAUCAAUAGAUGUAUUGAUUAACGAUAAGCUUGAAGAAUAUCAACGAUUAAAAAAAGAGUUGGAAGUAGAACGUGCAAAGAAUAAAGCUUAUGGUGUUAGAUACGAGAACAAAGAUGAAGGCGAAGAACCAACGGCAAAGGUAUUAAAGGAACAAGACAUUAUUAUUGCACCAGAAAUUAAACCAGACAAUAGACCAAAGUAUCCAAAGUACAUGUUUAAUGAAGAGCUAAAUAAUGAUGUUGCAUACAGUGAUGAUGACUAUGUAAAGAAUGGAAGGCCAGAAAAUCUUAAGCGUGGAGAUUACGCAGUAGGACAUUAUGGACACCAAACAUAUCUUGAUAAGAAGGUAGUCGCAACAACUGGAGGUCCAUUACAAAACGUUGGUAAAACAUGA